GCCAUGCAAGUGACGGUGGAAUAUCACCCAAUGGAGACCGGGCACCAUUCCACAUCCCUGGCAGUGCACUGCGACAGAGAUGAAGAUACCCACACCAGACUUCUUGGAAAAGCUAAGGACUUCAACAUCGGGCUGGACAAGUACUCUUUGGAAUUUGACAAGACUUAUCUCACACUGUCAAGCUACAGAACCAUGGUCAUCCACAACAGAACUAACAUCACAGCCCAGUUCCAGUGGAAGGCUUUUGCUACUGAGGCAGAGGAGCAUCCACAGAAGAUCAGGCUGUCUCUCAAUCUGUCUUGGCCACCCCAGGAGAUAGCAAGGCUCUUGUGA